UCAAAACAGAGGCGGAACUGAAGCCGGAGCUCCGACCGUCUGCCCAAAACACAGACCGGGGACAUUAUUCAACUAAUCCUGCACUUGGACUGGGCUCAAAUUCGGACAGACGUUCCAGUACAUAUUCUAAUGUGAACGGUUAUAAUCUGUGCGUGUGAAGGGUCUCAGCUGCUCGAUAUUCCUAAACGCCGUGUGAUUCUGUACGCCUUGAUCGCUGAUGGCAGAAGGAGGAUUUGACCCCUGUGAAUGCAUCUGCUCGCAUGAGCAUGCGAUGAGGAGGCUCAUCAACCUGCUGAGGCAGUCGCAGUCCUACUGCACAGACACAGAGUGCCUUCAGGAAUUGCCAGGACCCGGUUCUCCAACAGGGGGCGAUCUGACUCUGCCUAUGAUUAUUAUGGGCUGGAUGGUAUUUGCGCUGGUACUCUUCCUGCUUCGCCCUGCCAGCCUGAGAAGACCAAGAACCUCCAACAAACCCACCAGCCCCUAUAAUAAUACUGGCAGAGAACCUCCAGCACCGCCAGUAGACUAGCGACAAACCACGGCUCGUGACUUCAUACAAUGACCAAGACCUUUCACCUAUGACCCGAACUUUAGACCUGUCUUCCGUCUGAUCGGCUACUCUUACCUACUCUUAUUUAGUUAUGAUUGAUUACUUUUUAAUUCUGCUACUUUUUUCUUUUUUUUUAAUCUAGGGGGUUAUUAAAACAUUCAGUGAUUAAAGGAACAACACUUAUUAAUUAAGCCAAAACAAGAUUCAAAAUCCACCUCCCUUAAAAAAGAAUUACGACAUGUAUAUUCUCCAUAGAGUUGUGUUAAGCAAGCUGUAAAUGUAGCGUAAGACACCAUGACUAAUCCUAGACAUGUAUGAUUCUCAGCAAGGUUGCCUAUUAUAGAUAGGGGGUGUAUUUCAGGGUGGAGGUUGUAUCGCAUCCUGCACGAGCUGCGUCAUUUUUGGGCGCUUCUGAUGUCAUUCAUGAGGUCGGAACAUGUUCCGUGGCUCUGGUGCAACAUGAUUGUUGAUAAGACGUGCUCUUAACACACCAGUCAGUUCACAUUUUUUUCUUAUUUUAGUUUCCAUGAUGACUGAACCUGAACAAUAAGCUUAACAAGAAUCCUGAGAAUAUGGUGAGGGUGUGGCAGGCGUUGGAUACGGGUAGAGAUGUCGACUGUCUGGGGUCGUUGAGGGCUUAUUUAGGAUCAGACACAGAAUUUAUGAGAUGUACUUAAUGUGAAUCUGACUUUAGGGGCAGUCUGUGUCAUAAGACCCUCAUGUGUUCAGAAGUCUUGGGUCGCUAAAUGGAAUUAAAAUGGAUCAAGGUUUGUCUUUAUGGCAUUAAUCCCAAGGAGCUUAUUUCAAAUGUGUGUGUGUAUAUAUAAAUAUAUAUCAAAAGAAACGAUUUUAAGAUGUCGUUUGAUUGGCCUUCAAGUGCCCCAUGUUACUGGCAACUAUACCCAUGGUCAACAUUUAUAGACUGCCGUUCUAAAUUUUUUGUUGCAAUAUAGAUCCGUUACGUUAUUUGGUUACAUCAUGUGAUCAAGUUACUGCUGAAUAGUAUAUAACUAAAAGUUACAUACUAUUGAUAAUAUUGAUUUAACUAAACAGGGAAUGUUUGGUUAUGCCCUUUUAAAUAUUUGACAUAUUGAACUAAAAGUCAUUUGAGGGUUCAUGGUAAGCUUUUAUAGCUCCAUCUUUCCACACAUUAAUACUGAAGGACCUUUUUACUGUGUGUUAUAGAAGUCUGUAGCAUAAAGACUCUAGCUUAUAUUAGGGUAGACUUGCCAUUAAGGGUCCUGCUCUGUGUUGUAAUGUUUAAUAUGGUUACAUAUAAACCUGUUACACAUGUCUUUGGAGCACAUAAUCUCUCGAUCAUUAGUUGGGGCAUGGAUAAUAUUUGUGAAAUUAUUCUGAAUUAGUAGUUACACAUUUUGAGUUAAGAUUAUAACCUGCUCUAAGAGAAAGGGCUUCAACUAUGCACUUUUGGUUACUGAAAUAAACAGUUAAUAAAUCUGUACAAUAUGA